AUGAGCGACCUUAACUCGAGUGCCGUCAGUUCCAGCGCUCACACUUCCUCAACCCCGCCUUCCUCUACAGCUGCCAUCCUCGGCGCAAGCACAAACGGGUGGUCGCCUCUAAGAACUGCAAAGCGUGACACUACUGUAUCAUACUCUCAAAUCUCUCCCGAACACAACACCGAGGAGCAUCCAUCCCUUCAUAGCCCUAAGAAACAGACACAGAACUUCAAGUCGCUUCGCAAUCAUGGUCUUGUUUCCAACAGCAUUUUCAAACAAAUCGAUGGUGGCAGCCAACCACCUUCGCUCUCCAACUCUCCCCUCGGCUCUCCUUCGCGCAAACAUCUCCCAUCACCUUCCUUUGGUCUCGGCAUUGGUAUUUCCAACUCACCCAAGGCUGUCCAGCAGAGUCUCAAGCCUCAAGCCUCUCCUCUUGUCAGUGAGGAUGCAGAGAACAGCAACCCCUUCAACCUGUAUGCCUCCAUCCCCGACGUCAAAGGCUCACAGCGAAAGAUCCCGCGUAAAAGCCUGGGAAGGCUCCACGAGUCAAACUACGUCAGUAAUUCCGUCUUCCGCCAGCAAAACACCAACGUAGACGACGUCUCCUCCCCUCCUCUCACUCCAUCUCGCGCAGCAGCUCAACACUCCUCCCCAUCCAGUCCGGCCUCUGCCGCCUCCAAGGGCCUGCUCGUUUCCAACAGACUUCACGGUCCACGCUUUAUGAACCACUCGCCACAAUCCUCUCAUCCUGACUCCGCAUCUAGGCACGACGGGUCUAGCCCUCUUCGCAGAGAGCGAAGGAAGACAGUCACGUUUGAUGAGAUUCUCGAUGUGCAGGAAUUUGACAAGGAGAGCAGCUUCGACGCUGAUAGUCUUCACGACACAGAAGAGCACCACCAUCCUCCCCAAGAUGCCGACUGUUGGACACACGGUAACGCCUCUAUAUCCGCUCACACGCCACUGCGACAGCUUCACGUCGUUAACGCUGAUGAUGAGCAGACCACCUCAGAUGACCCCGCCGACGUGUUUUCAGCCGAAUCCGAACCCGAUCUCUCCCACGACAGUCGCGAGACCUCCUCCAUCGAGGGUCCGCCAAGUCCAGCUCCUGGCGAUGAUAGCCUUCAGCUUCACGAUCUAUCGGUCGAACACGAAGCAGCCGAUGCUACGACAUGCUCCAGCGAGUCUGGCUUUGCACCUGAAAGAGAGAACAGCUUCGCCCACCUCUCUGCUGCUGAUCGCGUCGACAGCAUGGUGGACGAGCUCCUUCGCGACAAUAUCCUCAAUAGCCCCAGCGCCCGUACUCAGCAGAUCCAGCCGAGCGACCAAGAACUUUCCGAGCCUUUUCGAACUCAUGUUGAGACCAUUGCAAGCCCUCCGCGCCUUGAUCAUCAAGCAGCGUUGCCCCAGCUUCCCGCUUGGACUCCCAUCAGCCUCGAUGUUGAUGUGCUCUCCUCUUCUCCGGCCGAUUUUGGUCGCAGCCUCACUCAGCCAGAUAUGACUCAAGCUUCAGCGCCAAUCCCACCUCCCACUGCUCGUAACGGUUCUGUCCGUGGCCGACCCCACAUUUCGCGUGAUGCCAUCCUUCAACGCGUCGCUAAGGAAAAGCUCAACCAGGAGCAAGCAAAGUCCGAGCAAGAGGCGUCCAGUGGUAGCACCCAGCUUGCAUCGACACACGAGACGGCCACACACGACUCGCCAGCUGUCAAACGGAGCACUAUCCAGCAAAGACGCAUGCCACGCGGCAGCGAGCCUGGCCCUAUCACGAACGCAGCUCAAGAAGGGUCCAUGUCGCACGUCAAGAGUGUACCUGCAGCACGCCCAAGUGCCCCGCUUGGUUUGAUGCCUGCAGAAUCUGUGGCCACAGAGACAAAGCCUAUCCUGCCUCCGAGCCCCGUCAAGGAAUUCGACCAACUCGCAAGCCCCCUUGACCUGCUGGGCACGGAGCUCAAGGCGACAGCAGACCUCGAUAAGCCCGUGUCUCGGGACACAAUGGCAAGCGCAAACUCCUCCGAGCUGCCCAUCAUGGACACGCUUGAUACACAGAUCAACCAACGGCUCUUCUCAGACCUGCUCCGCGAACCCGCAGAUCAAGUACAACUCCUCAGCCCUGCUCCUCCAGCAAUGCAUUUGACCCCUGCUCAGCAAGCUGAUCAGAUCAUUGCUCGACGCCGCAGCAAGAAUGGCAAAGCCCGUCGCAAAAGAAGCAUGAGCACCAGCGACGCACGAGCUACCUUCACCGCUGCUGCCUCUGACACUACCGAUGCUGACGCUGCUAGCACCUCGACUUUCACUGAGUCAAGCAGCGAAUGCCACGACGAGCCGGUCGAGCUCCCUACCCGUCAAAGCAUCAGUGCUGACCUUGCCAAGAGCAAGGCCAUGCUCGACGUCAGCCUGCAACGCGCUGUUGAUGGUGGUUUCCAGAUACAUAUGGAGAAGGAGUUGAAGCGUAUUUACGAGAAGGGUGACUUCAACUACAAGGUCAAUGACCGUGGUGCUUUCAAAGGCAUUGACGACAAAGUCACACAUUCAACAGCUGCGGGCGACGUCGACAGUGGAAAAGCCUGGAAGAAGUUGCGCAGACCCAGUGACAUCAACGUGUAUAAAAAGGAGAUGCGCGAGUUCCGCGAAGGCUCCAAUGCCCGCAAGGCUGCGGGUAAGGUCUUUGUCAUGGUCGACUCGUUCACACCUACCGACCUUCCUGUGCCUUCGCGACCCACGUCGUUCCACUGCAUCCUCGACAAUGGCCUUCACAUGGUCAAAACCGCUACCGUGCCACUCCGAGCCGGACGCGGUGCAACCAGCAACAUCGGCCAAGAAUUCGAGCUGAUCCAGCACAAGAACCUCGAAUUUAGUUUGACCCUGGUAGUGCAACGUGAUGCUCACCUCAUGGAGCCUCAGCGCUCUCCUUCUCCGACACGCCGCGAGCAUGGCAGCCCGACCCUGAAAGGCCUAAGUCGAUUCUUCGGCAGCCCGAAGAAGCAAGCCGCCAAGCGAGAGCAGCAAGAGCGUGAAGCAGCCGCGGAGCUCGCAGCGCAGGCGUCCCGAGCUGAGCCUAUGCUUGCCUACAUCAACCGCGAGGGUGCCUUCGGUCGUACCGGCGUCAUCUUUGAACGAGUGGCCAGCCAAUGCUAUGCACGAUGCAUGGUGCUCGAUCUUCCUGUUCACGGCGUUUCAAAUCCUACCGGAAGCAUCUCAGGACCUUCAAGCAUCGCAUCGCGCUCGCACGUCUCGAUGCUGUCGCAGGACUUCCGCCAGAACCUCAACAAGGUUCGCGGAACACUUCGUCUCAAGCUCUUCUUCCUGCCUCCGUUACCCAGCAUCCCUCGCGAUGGCCUCCCGGAGAAUCUGGGCGAGUGCAUUCGUGGAAUGCAGAAUGCUGCUUGGCAUAGGUCUGAACCUUGGCAGACGGGUACUCUGACGCAGUUGGGCGGCGAUUGUGCCAGCUGGCGUCGUCGACCCGUGCAGGCGCAGGGGCAGUACAUGAUCUGCUUCAACGCUGUGACGAAAAAGCCCACCGUCAAAAUUGACCUUUCCAAGGCUGUCUGCAUCGAAGAGCUGGGCAACCACGUCAACACAGGAUCCAUGAUAUUCCCUUCGGGAGCUAGCCAGGCUCUUGGCAGGUCCAGGACCAUGGCGUCGUAUGCCACAACGGCAACGCUAGCAGAUCAAGAGGAUGCAGACGCCAACUAUCACGUAGACCGAUCUUUCCGUAUCACGUUUGCUGAUGGAGAGCGCAUCACGUUUUUUUCUGACACGGAAGCUGACAAGUCGCAAUGGGUCAAGGUGAUUUCAGAUAUCAUUGGUAGCGAGGUGCCACCCAAUCCACUGUGGGCUCAGGCACUACUCGAGGGCAUUGGCUCUCAGUCGAUGGGGAGCAUCAACAACGGCGCGCGUAAGCCCAGUCAACAGAUGCUGCAGUCGCGCAAGGCCGUUCCCACGGUCCUGGAAGAAGGCCCCACAACUCCACCAUCAGCACUGACACCAGUAGCCACCACUUGCACACCCGGAACUCGAUCCGAAGUUCCUGUUCUCGACCAUGCGAGUCGCAUUUCGAAUCACGCGACCACAACACAGAGCAGCACGCCAUCGCGACUGCCCAUCAGAGCGUCUCAAAACGUGGCAUCUUUGGCUCCCACUUCCGAGCGAGGCUCUGUACGCGGCUCACCUGUGGCUCCCAGGCCUGCGUCAAUGAUUCGUACGCCCGUUCACGAUGGUUCGAAUCGCGCUGCUUUCGAUCGCCUCAAGCGUGCUGGCCAUGCGCGUGCGCAGACUGAAGAUCUUACCCCGCUCCGACGUCGUUGA